CUUCCGCACAUUCACAGUGUGAGUUCGGGCAAGCACAGCGGAACACGUGUCUGCUGAUCUCAAGCACCCUCAGCACCUGCCCACUGACAUCAGUGCACCCAAGGAUUUCCCGAGCCCCCUCCCCAGAUGUAGAGGGAGUUGGCAUCUGCAGCUGCUGUCUCUACACAACCCUUGUGGUGUCCACGCAAGUUGCCCGCCAUGCGUGAGUACAAGCUAGUGGUACUGGGUUCAGGAGGCGUGGGAAAAUCUGCAUUGACAGUUCAGUUUGUGCAAGGUAUUUUUGUGGAGAAGUACGACCCCACAAUAGAAGACUCCUACAGAAAGCAAGUGGAAGUUGAUGGGCAGCAAUGCAUGCUCGAGAUCUUGGACACUGCCGGAACAGAGCAAUUCACAGCCAUGAGGGACCUUUAUAUGAAGAAUGGCCAAGGUUUUGCGCUGGUCUACUCCAUCACAGCACAGUCGACAUUUAACGACCUGCAGGACCUCCGGGAGCAGAUCCUGCGAGUGAAGGACACGGAGGAUGUUCCCAUGAUCCUGGUGGGGAACAAGUGUGACCUGGAGGACGAGCGUGUGGUCGGCAAGGAGCAGGGUCAGAACUUGGCCCGUCAGUGGAGUAAUUGUGCCUUUUUAGAGACGUCAGCUAAAUCAAAGAUUAAUGUGAAUGAAAUUUUCUAUGAUCUGGUGAGGCAAAUCAACAGAAAAACUCCAAUGGAAAAGAAGCCAAAAAAGAAGAAGGGUUGCACACUUCUCUAAACAACAACACCCCCACCCCGCACCCCCCUCAUACACACACGCUCUAGGCCAGGUGAGUGGGCGUUGAAAUAACAUUGAUUCCAGCCAAGCGCAGGGCUCCACUGCCCACUGAGUACUGUAUUGUAUUAUAGCUUAAUACUUUUAAUAUUUUAAGUUUAAUGUUCAGUUCCGUACUAGUUCGGUUAGUAAGUGGCUCCUUGAGUUUGAAUGAACAGGUGGUAUUCAGAACCUACAUCACAAUAUGCACUGAGACAGCAUACCUUGUUUAUUCAACAUUAAAUUUUGAUUACUGAGAGCCUAUUGGGCGCAGUGACUCCAUCUGCUGGUCAUGCUUUGUAACUGAGUUGCAAAUGUCAACCUCCAUCCCAGAGAGCAUUAUCACAUUCCCCCUGCAUCAAGUUGUAAAACUCCCCUAAAGAAGAAAUGCUAUAGUAUUCAUUUAAGUGUCUUUUGAUUGGUAUCUAAUUUUAUUUGUAUAUAGACAUGUUUUUCUGUGUGACUCACAAAUAGCAGAAUAAAUCCUUAGGAUUAAUGCAAUAAUAUAUUUAUUUUACACAGAGACAUUAAAUGAAUAACUGUUCCCCAUUGGACCAUGCCAACAUUUCACAUCCUCUCCGAAAGCUGAAAGAUACUCGACUGCUUGCAAGAUGACAGGAGUCCCCACAUUUUUCCAGAAUACUUUCUUUACUGACAAUGAACUUGAGCAAGUUUUUUUUUUUUAUCCACCUAUUUACAUGUUUUACUGCUUCUCUCGGGUGUCUUUCUAUUGGAAAUAUCACUGUAUAUGAAGAGCGCUAAGCUUGGCAUUUUAAAUGUUCUGUUAAGUUAGACGUCCUCUGACAUCAUGUGACAAUGCCACAGAGACCAUGUUAAACGUAAAUGGCCUUUUUCCAUUUCUGUACUAAUGCAUCAUUGUUCAUGAGUUACUCUCCUACUUACAUGGAUGUGUUUUGAUAUAACAUUUCCCAAGUGACUUGGUUUUGAGACCCUGCAAGCCUGUUUCUCAUAAUAUAUUCAACUUCUGUUUUUACAUAAUAAGGCUGAGGACAUUAGUAUUUUAUAGACAGUUGUGGGGGGGUCCUCCGAUUUGUGUCUUGAAGAUGAAAAAGAUAUUGUACUAAAACCACCUCAAAUAUUGCUUCUUGUUUCUGAUGAUUUUCCAGCUUUUAUGAAUGAUUAAAUUUUAGUACAUUUUCA